AUGACCUGGAGUUCAGUGAAGAAGGCGGUGGAAGCCGGGUGGUGGCCGGCAGGGACCUUCACCCCGACACCACGUGGGGUCCUUACCCGGGAAUCCUCCAAUCGAAGGGCAGCACAGACGACGAGGAGGCCGAGAAGUCGAAGUUGAUUUGUGAAGAUCCAGAUUGUUGGAUUAGUCGACUCCCUCUGACCUCUGACCCCUCAGCUGCCAACUGUACCAUCUACAGCCGAGGUGACGCGUUGUUCUGUAAGGUCGACAGGGAGCUGGUGGCGGGCGAAGGCCUCCUGGCCUCCCUGUCUCCUCCCCCCCCCUCCUCCCCUCCUCUGGCCCCGCCCUCUCCCCCGCUCGGCCUCAUCACCCAGCAUCAGGCGGCGGUGAAGGAGGAGCCAAUGUACCCGGCGGCGCUGCGCUCCGAGAUUCAGCUCCUCCCACAGCAAGCCGGCAUGGCCGCCAUCUUGGCCACUGCUAUUGUUAAUAAGGACAUCUUCCCGUGUAAGGACUGUGGGAUCUGGUACCGCAGUGAGAGGAACCUGCAGGCCCACCUCAUGUAUUACUGCGCCAGCCGCCAGAAGCAGCCGGCCGCCGCCUCGUCCCCCCCGCAGGACAAACCCAAGGACUCGUACCCCAACGAACGCGUCUGUCCCUUCCCACAAUGCAACAAGAGCUGCCCCAGCGCCAGCUCCCUGGAGAUCCACAUGCGCACACACAGCGGUGAACGUCCUUUCGUCUGUCUCAUCUGCCUGUCAGCCUUCACCACCAAAGCAAACUGUGAGCGGCACCUCAAGGUGCACACGGACACGCUGAACGGCUUGUGUCACGGCUGCGGCUUUGUGUCGACCACGAGGGACAUCCUGUACAGCCACCUGGUCACCAGCCACAUGGUGUGUCAGCCCGGGUCCCGCAGCGAGGUCUACUCCCCGGGGCCGGGCCUCCCCAAGCUGCCCCUGUCCACCGGUCUCAGUCCAGGAGACUCUGGUGUGGUGCUGAAGUGUCAAGUGUGCGGCCACAACUCGGACUCUCCGGCGCAGCUUCAGCAGCACGUACGAACCCACCUGGAGGUCAGGGUCCCGACCGAGAGGAGCCCCACCCCUCGCCAAAUCACCCCAUCGUCAGUCGACGCCCCUCAGCUGUCUCCUCACGAGAGGGAGCCCCUCGCCUGUGUCCCUAAACCGGACUCGUCCAGCCCGGGCGCUAACGGCAGCUCAGCCACCCCCCGGGAUUACAACUCUCCUGAUGCAGCAACCACUGAGCUAAAGAUAAAGGAGGAGCCGCAUUCAGACUCAGAGAUUCAAGAAAUGGAGAUCACGGAGGCUGGAGAGGAGGAGGAGGAGGAGGAAGAGGUGGAGGCUGGUGGAGAGAAGGGGAAGCAAGAAGAAAUAAGGAAAACAAGGGACAGUAAGGGACACAUCGCCAGCUCCUCCAGUCGGACAUCAGGUUCUCCGAAGAGUCCAGCCACCGCCACCGUGAAGGCAGAACCAACCAGCCCCACUCCUGGGUCCAGCCCCGCCCCUGUGGGAGGUGCAGAGUCCGUUCUUCCCGGGGGAGCAAUGUUCUUGCCACAGUACAUGUUUAAUCCCGAGGCGGCCAUUUUGCCUCAGGCCUCGGAAAUACUCGCAAAAAUGUCGGAGAUGGUCCACAGUCGUCUGAAACAGGGACAGACGGCGCCUCAGAACAACCCGGCUGCGUUUUUCCCGGCUGGUUCGACCGCAUCCACCGCUGCUGCCACUCCACCUCACAAAGGAGCCACCUGCUUCGAGUGCGACAUCACCUUCAACAACAUCAACAACUUCUAUGCACAUAAGAGGCUCUACUGCUCCAGCAGGCACCAGGCGGAAGGAGACACCUCUGCUUCAGGCCCUGGAUUAACGAGGGAUGCCACCUCCGCCUCGGUGCCUUCCAGUGGAGCACAUGGCUCCUCCGCCUCUCCUCAGGGCGGAGCAGCAAGUAGAGCUGCCUCGGCUUCUCCUGCCGACUCUGACUCUCCCGCUGGAGCGACAGAACCCCGGAGAGUGGUGGAGGUGAAGAUAGAGACUCCUGCAGGGAGAGAGGGAAUAUCGUCUUCAUCUGAAGGGGAAGGCGGAGCUACAAGUGUGGGAGGAGGUGGCGUUGGAGGAAGAGCAAGCGAAGGCAGCCAGAGUCCAGCGAGCGGUUCUGCCGAGGACCAGGAAGAUGAUCCCAACAGAACCUUCUGCGUGGCCUGCAACAUCCGCUUCAGCCGUCAUGAGAACUACACUGUUCACAAGCGUUUCUACUGCGCGUCGCGCCACGACCCGACCAACCACCGGUCCGUACACAUGGCCAAGGCGACCACCGGAGCAGCCUUCCAUCCCCAGCCCAUUCGCACUCGUAAGCGUAAGAAGAUGUACGAGAUCCACAUGGCCAGAACCGAGGCUUUAGCUAACGCUGCUGCUGCCGCCGCGGCUGCUGCUGCUUCUGCGGCUGCCUCUGCCCCCUCCCCCUCUGUUCUGGGCUUGGCAAUGAAGCAGGAGGUUUCUCCCGGCGCGGCCGGCGGCUCCAGCCCAGAAGGCGACGGCCCAAUCGACCUCAGCAAGAGGCCCCGUCUGAGCGAUGUUCCCCGGCACAGCAGCAGCCUCCUCCCUGCCCUGCCUCUCACAGACUAUCACAAGUGCACCGCCUGCAGCAUCAGCUUCAACAGCAUCGAGAACUACCUGGCCCAUAAAACCUACUACUGCCCCGCCACCACACUCCAGCCCCACACCUUGGAGCAGCUUCACAGGCUCAAGAGAUCCGCCUCCACCUCUCCCAAAAGCAGGCCUCACCAGGAGCGGCCGGAUCUCCUGCACCCGAUGGAGGCGAAGGCUCUCCCCGCCGAGUGGGUGGCUCAGACUCGAGGCUCCUCGUCCAGCCCUCGUCCGUCUGCCUUACCGGCCUCUGAAGCCACAUCUCCUCCUCAUCCCACCACCACGCUUGCAGCCAUCCCGGGAGCUGGAGCCAAAGGUGCAGGUGCUGGUUCUCCUCAGGUGGUCUGCCCAUACUGCCCCAACAGACCCAUCACCGGUGACCUGAUGGAACACUUCAGGACGACCCACAGCCUUGUCGCGACCAUUCAGCCACCGCAGGAGGCCCUGCCGCAGCCGGGCAGCGCAGUCAGCCGCAGCCCCAGCCUUAGUCCCAGAGACGGAGCUGCUGCAACCAUUUCAACAACCCCCAACAGCCAGUCCAGACUGGUGUCCCGGGUUCACAGAGACAGCAUCAACGGGCAGGCCAGGAGCGCAACCAACUCUCCUGUUUCCCCGCGGGUGAACAGCACUCCUUCACCGGGGGGUACUUCACCUUCGGCUGUCUCCCCUCUGCCCAUGUCCCCCCCAGCGCCUCCCUCUCUGUCUGUGUCACCUGUGCCUGAGGUCCUAAGGGAGACGGUGGGAUCGUCCCACCUUCCAGACAAAGCCAACCUGACCGUGAUCUCCAGUCACAUCUCCUCUCCCCAGUCGGCCCAGAUCCCCGGCCUCAAAACCACAGUGAUCUCCCCCGUCCAGAACGGUAACUCCCGCUUCUGCCGACUGUGCAACAUCAAGUUCAGCAGCCUCUCCACGUUCAUAGCUCAUAAGAAAUACUACUGCUCUUCCCACAGUGCCGAACACGUCAAGUGAGCCGGGACGUUCUCCUCCCCCCCCCCCCCAUUCUCUCUCUGAGCGGCGGCUCCGAGAAGCUCGUCCCUCGGUGCCAGUCCUCCCACCCGGGUGCCCAGCUGGCGCUCAGCUGACGUGACUCUAAAUGACAAUGAAUGACUGUUACUCACCUGACGGGGCCGCCGCCCGGCUGCUGCAGGUGGUGUUACGAACACACAGUGAGAAUCCUCCUUAUAUGGGUCAAAGUGUGUAGGACACUAAGAGCUGAGGACAUCGCUCUCUGUCUUCAUACCCAACAUCUCCCGCUCCCAGGCCUCAUUGUAUGUUGCAUUGUGGGACGUUAAAAUGUGUGUUUAUGAUGGUAGUGAUUAGAUUCUGACUGUUGGACGGAGACGAUGAUCUCACAGUAACGAUGAUGCUGAUUUGAUUCUUUCCUGAGCGGGGGGGGUCGUUUCUCUUUGAAGGAAAAGACCCGAUCAUUGUUCAUUUUUUUUUUAAGACCUGUGCAUAGUGUAUGAUGUCUGAAGAAAUAAUUCUAUGAUGCUUUUGGUUUCAACACUGGCUCUUUUUUUUUGUUGCUCACUAUAGAAGCUAAAGUGUUUUCAGCUGAAAACAGAUGUUAUCACGAUGUUACUAAUUCCUGAAGGGUGAUAUUUACAAAUGGACGACUUUUCCUUUCUCUCUUUCAUACACACAAAUUUUUUAUUUUCUCUUCAAAACACAAGGGAGAAAAAAAUGUGAAAUAUUUAUCUUUUAGUCCUCACUGAUUUCAUGUCAACAGAAAACUACCUAGUGUCUGAGAGUAUUUGUAUUUUUUAUUUGUAUAUUUUUCAUACUGUUGGAAGGAACCGUUCGGAGCCGGCUGUGUUGAAGUGUAUUUUCUAAAUGUAGAUAUGUAAUAUCUUCUCCCAGUAAUCACACUGAACUCUGUUAGCCUAUCACGUUAGCCUGUCGUGUUCUGCUCGAGUCUUUAAUUGAUGCCGAGAUCUGCGAAACCGGUGGAGUGUUUAUUUUUAUCCCUUCUUGUUCUUCGCUGACUAGCAACGCGAUCGAGCAGCUUCCUCGCUCACAGCUUUUCACAUCAGGUCGUAGAAGAGAGAGUUUCUGACACUGUUCAGGGAGAACGAGGCUCCUCCGGUGUUAAGGUACAAAAACCCACAGGUUUCACUCUUUAGUUUCUCACUCUGACUCCGUGCGUCUCGUUAACAGACGUCGACACAAAACACAACAGCUCUUCGGUUUCUCUUUUUCUGUUUGAUGAUUGUAUUUCUGUCCGGUAAUGAAGGCUCAGCAGGGAAAAGUCACAUGUUAGAGAAACGCCUCACACAGACGAGGAAGCACAUCUGUAAUAACCACUUACUGUGACCCGUGGUGUGUGAGUGUGUGUGUGUGUGUGUGAUCUCACAAAGACACACACACAGUUAACGCCACAGUUUCCCACGCUGCUUUUGGAGUUGCAAUACAGUGUUAGUCAGAACUGUGAACUCGUGUUUUUAUCUUUAAGCUAAAAAACUAAAUUGGUAUUUUUUUCUCCCAUAAAUCCUGAGAGAUGAACGUUCAGGUCAACAAGUGGAACUUCACGACACUAAAACUCCAAACUCACAAACAGCAAGUGGCUGAGAUGCUCGGCAGUGGAGGACGUUAAUGACCAGUUCAUGUUAGAAUGAAUCGAUAAGAUGCUAGUAUCACGGUAAACGUACGAACCCAGGACAGAUCUGGACUUUAAUUCAGCAGCUAUUAGAAAGUUGUCACCCAGUGAGAUUCGUUUGCUUUUGUUUCUGUUGUCUCUUUAGAUCCGAGAUCAAUAUUCAGCCUUUUAGCUCCGAUUUGUUCUCCACCAGCUUCUGGCUCUUUAGCAGCUAAACGCUACGUUCACCUGUUGCAAGAAAGUUAAUUCACGAGAGACACAACAACCGAAAGAGUCAAACUACAACAAAUAAAACCAAAAUAAUCCAAUUCAUGCAGUUUGAAUGAAUCCAGAGUUAUAUGUAUAUUAUAACGUCAGGUAUUUUAGACCUGACAUCAAACUCUGCUCUUUCUAUCAAUCAUAAACUACAAAGUACUUUUACAGUUUUACAUCAUGAACUCCCAGAGACUGUAAAUACAAAUGGACGACAUGUCUCUUCAUCCUCCCACUGUACAAAAUGAAGGAAAAACUUUUCGGAUACAAAAUGCUCCCGCCCACACAUGCUCUCGGCCAAUCACGAGUCAGUCUCAGCUGUCAAUCAUGAGGUUUCAAAUUUGUUAAUAAAACCAAACGUAUAAGUUCCUAAAACGACAGAAAACACCUUUGAAAUAUAUAUAUUUAGAUUUCUUUAGACUGGUCCUAUCUGCUAACAUGGAGGCGGUGAGGUUUAUGACCCGUACUGCCGCCAGCCACCAGGGGGCAACUCAGAGGUUUUGGCUUCACUUUCGGGAGCCGUCAUGUCGUCCAUCUUUACAUUUUUAACCGACACAUGUUUACAGUUGUGCUGGUUAAUGUCUCGUUUCUAAAAGUUAGAGAAGAAGAAGAAGACGAAGAAGAAGAAGAAGAAGAAGAAGAUUGAGGAACUUGCUGGAAAAUCAACCUCGAAACUUUCCCCCCCUUUUUAUUGCACUGUGUUGUAUAAAAAUAUGCUUAAUGUUUUCAGUUGUUUUGUAAUAUAUUUAUGUUCUGUAGCACUUUCCCCCUUUUUCUAAACGCAUCAUGGUUCCAGCUCGAAGGACUUUGUUGAUUCACCAUCGCUGAAACUUUUUAAAAUGUGUUUUGUUGAUGAUUAAUCUCUGACGUCCACGAAGGAUAAAAUCACAGCGAGUGUCAAAACUGUUAUUUUUCCUUAUUUUUUUUUUCCAAUUCAUUUCAGUUCCACUACACUCUUGUCCAAACUAUGCAUGGGAAAUAAAAACGUUCUGAGAGACACUGA